CCCUCCAUAUUUUUCCUCCACCUUAACCUUCCCCUUGUCACCCGAUUGGAUCCACCAGGGCUCCCACCCUGCACACACUGUCCAUCCUUGUCCCUGUCUUCUUCCCUCAGCAAACCCCGACUAUGGAUCCCAGGCCUCCCUGGGUUGCCAGUCCCACUCCUGGGGCCACCCUCUCUGCCCCCAAUGCCACCACACCUUGGCUGGGCCGGGAUGAGGAGCUGGCCAAGGUGGAGAUUGGAGUCCUGGCCGCUGUCCUCGUGCUGGCCACAGGGGGCAACCUGGCCGUGCUGCUGAUUCUGGGCCGGCCCGGCCGCAAGCGCUCACGCAUGCACCUGUUUGUGCUGCACCUGGCCCUGACGGACCUGGGGGUGGCGCUCUUCCAGGUGCUGCCCCAGCUGCUCUGGGACAUCACCUAUCGCUUCCAGGGCCCCGACCUCCUCUGCCGGGCCGUCAAGUACCUGCAGGUGCUUAGCAUGUUUGCCUCCACCUACAUGCUGCUGGCCAUGACACUGGACCGAUACCUGGCCAUCUGCCACCCCCUGCGCAGCCUCCAGCAGCCCAGCCAGUCCACCCACCCACUCAUCGCCGCUCCCUGGCUGCUCGCCGCUGUCCUCAGCCUCCCUCAAGUCUUCAUUUUUUCUUUGCGGGAGGUGAUCCAGGGCUCGGGGGUGCUGGACUGCUGGGCGGACUUUCGCUUCCCUUGGGGUCCACGGGCUUACAUCACCUGGACCACCCUGGCCAUCUUCAUCUUGCCCGUGGCCAUACUCACAGCCUGCUACAGCCUCAUCUGCCACGAGAUCUGUAAGAACCUGAAGGUCAAGACGCAGGCCCGGAGGGUAGAAGGUGGGGGCUGGAGAGCUUGGGACAGGCCUGCUGCAGCAGCCCUGGGGCUGCCCUCCCGCGUGAGCAGCGUCAGCACCAUCUCGCGAGCCAAGAUGCGGACGGUGAAGAUGACCUUCGUCAUUGUGCUGGCCUACAUCGCUUGCUGGGCACCCUUCUUCAGUAUGCAGAUGUGGUCUGUGUGGGACGACAACGCCCCUGAUGAAGAUUCCACCAAUGUGGCCUUCACCAUCGCCAUGCUUCUGGGGAACCUCAGCAGCUGCUGCAACCCCUGGAUCUACAUGGGCUUCAACAGCCACCUGCUGCCGCGGCCCCUGCGUCACCUGGCCUGCUGCAGGGCCCCGCGGUCCCGGAUGCGCCGACAGCUGUCCAACAGCAGCCUCUCCAGCCGCCGCACCACGCUGCUGACCCGCUCCAGCUGCCCGCCCACCCUCACGCUGAGCCUCAGCCUGGGCAGGAGCCCCGGGCCCCAAGAGUCACCCAAGGACUCAGAGCAGGUGGAUGGGGAAGCUGCCACCGAGACCAGUGUCUUUUAG